AUGGCGGACAAAGGCAAGAGUGCAAAGGAUCCCACCCACUACUGGGUGGACCAAGUGGAUCCAGAGCUCAUGAAUGACAUCAUACGUGAUUUUCCUGAUACGACCAUCGAUUCCAAGGAGAAACAUGAAAGCACACACGAAGUCUUGUGUCGGCCUGGACCCAUGUUGGAAGGAGUCGAAUCAGAAGAAAUCCCUAGGAUUGGGAAAAUGUACUUUCCAAAAGAAGAAGAAGAUUCUACCAAGACAGUAGCGACAUCAGCAGCAGUCUUGUACAUUCACGGUGGAGGAAGGAUCAUGGGAACCUAUGCAAGUGGAGCCAACAACAAAAUAUGUUCCAGAAUUGCAAAGCUGCUCAAUGUUCCGGUUCUUAGUGCAAAGUACCGAUUGGCUCCGGAGCAUCCCUUUCCAGCUGCACUGGAUGACUUGUUAGCUGCCUACAAGUGGUUGGUCGAUUCCAUUCAGAAAAAAGCCCCUUCCAUCACUAAAGAAAAUAUUCGAGUUGGUGUCAGUGGAGAAUCUGCUGGUGGGGGUCUUGCGGCAGAAUUGUGCCAAUUGCUUCUCGAUGAUCAUAAUAAUGCCAAUGCUGACUCCUGUCCAUUGCCAGUGGCUCAACUCUUGAUAUAUCCAAUGUUAGACGACAGAACCUCUGUCGGCUCGGACAAAAGCAUCAUACCUCAUUUGCUGUGGAGCCACACUAGCAAUGUAUAUGCGUGGUCGGCUUAUUUGAGGCCGAACCAUCAGCCGGGGCAAGACCAACUUCCAAAGUAUGCCUCUGCCGCGCGACGUACGAACAUGGAGGGCCUCCCUCCUACGUGGAUUGCCGUUGGAGACUUGGAUGUCUUUCGAACAGAGUGUCAAGACUAUGCUACGCGCAUGAAAGAUGCUGGAGUACCCACCAAAUACCUGGAAGUGAAAGGAGCAUAUCACGGUUUUGUGAGCUUUGGCAGCGGGGAAGAACCUCCGGUUCAGCAACAUUGGCAGAGUUUUCAAGACUUUGCCUUGCCAUACUUGAAUCCAUUCCGUACUUGA